AUGCCCCUGCACAUCUUCUGCUCUGUGUCCGUCUCCUCUGGAGACGAUGCCCCGGGGCGUCUGGGCGAUGUCUGGGGGUCCUCUCCCCUCCAGCGGCAGCAGCAGCGGGACAACUCCGAAUCGGACGCGGAGGAAGAAGAGAAGGGAAAGGAGGCAGCGAGGAGGGACCCCCAAGAGGGGCGUUUGCCUGUGGACUUGGUGACGUUUGCCCACAGCUGCACCCUCCACGGCGCCAGCCACGUCUUUGUGGAGGGGGGUCCGGGGCCACGGCAGGCCCUGUGGGCGGUGGCCUUUGUCCUGGCCCUGGGUGCCUUCCUGUGCCAGGUAGGGGACCGCGUUGCCUAUUACCUCAGCUACCCGCACGUGACUCUGCUGGAUGAGGUGGCCACCACGGAGCUGGCCUUCCCGGCCGUCACCCUGUGCAACACCAAUGCCGUGCGGCUGUCGCAGCUCAGCUACCCUGACCUGCUCUAUCUGGCCCCCAUGCUGGGGCUGGACGAAAGUGACGACCCCGGGGUGCCCCUUGCUCCCCCUGGGCCGGAGGCCUUCUCUGGGGAGCCCUUUAACCUGCACCGCUUCUACAACCGCUCUUGCCACCGGCUGGAGGACAUGCUACUCUAUUGCUCCUACUGCGGGGGCCCCUGCGGCCCGCACAACUUCUCCGUGGUCUUCACGCGGUACGGAAAAUGCUACACCUUCAACUCGGGCCGAGAUGGUCGGCCGCGGCUGAAGACCAUGAAGGGUGGGACAGGCAAUGGACUGGAGAUCAUGCUGGACAUCCAACAGGAUGAGUACCUGCCCGUGUGGGGGGAGACCGAUGAGACGUCCUUUGAGGCAGGCAUCAAAGUGCAGAUCCAUAGUCAAGAUGAGCCGCCAUUCAUCGACCAGCUGGGCUUUGGCGUGGCCCCAGGCUUCCAAACCUUCGUGGCCUGCCAGGAACAGCGGCUCAUCUACCUGCCCCCGCCCUGGGGCACCUGCAAAGCGGUUACCAUGGACUCGGAUUUCUUCGACUCCUACAGCAUCACCGCCUGCCGCAUCGACUGUGAGACCCGCUACCUGGUGGAGAACUGCAACUGCCGCAUGGUGCACAUGCCAGGGGACGCCCCCUACUGCACCCCAGAGCAGUACAAGGAGUGUGCAGACCCUGCUCUGGACUUCCUGGUGGAGAAGGACCAGGAGUACUGCGUGUGUGAAAUGCCCUGCAACCUGACCCGCUAUGGCAAGGAGCUGUCCAUGGUGAAGAUCCCCAGCAAAGCCUCGGCCAAGUACCUGGCCAAGAAAUUCAACAAGUCUGAGCAGUACAUAGGGGAGAACAUCCUGGUGCUGGACAUCUUCUUCGAAGUCCUCAACUAUGAGACCAUCGAGCAGAAGAAGGCCUAUGAGAUUGCCGGGCUCCUGGGUGACAUCGGGGGCCAGAUGGGGCUGUUCAUCGGGGCCAGCAUCCUCACGGUGCUGGAGCUCUUCGACUACGCCUACGAGGUCAUCAAGCACAAGCUGUGCCGCCGAGGGAAGUGUCAGAAGGAGGCCAAAAGGAGCAGCGCGGACAAGGGCGUGGCCCUCAGCCUGGACGACGUCAAGAGACACAACCCGUGCGAGAGCCUCCGGGGCCACCCGGCCGGGAUGACCUACGCUGCCAACAUCCUACCUCAUCACCCGGCCCGAGGCACAUUUGAGGAUUUCACCUGCUGAGCCCCCGCCCCGCAGGCCCCUGCACCAAAGGCCUAGAUGAGGAGGGCCAGGGCCGCCGCCCCCCACGCCUGCCCCGGGGACUCAGCUCCACUCCUGGGCGGUCCACUCCUCUUGCGGUGGUGAGGAAGGAGGCUUGACCAUACAGUCCCCUCCCUGCCUCUACCCCAUUCUUUUUAACAAAACUAAUCUUAAAAAAAAAAAAAAAAAACUAAAAAGACAGAACGGGGCAAGGGGACACUGCCCCUUUCCGCUCCAUGCCACCUCCGCAGCUCCCAGCCUGAACUCUCUGUCUUGCUGUCUGUCAUCUUAAGUGUCCACCUACAUUCUGCUACCACCAGUCACCAAAGCCCCCUCCCAGUGAGGGGUGGAGGGGAUCCCCCUCGGGGUCUGGAAUUCGGCCCCAAAAACCAGAGAAUGUACCUUAAGGGGGAGGGCUAGUGGGGGCGGGGUUUCCCCAGCCUUAAGAGACCCUCUCAGCCCAGUGACUGCCCCGAACCCGUCUCCAGGCCAGAACUAAACCCUCACUCCGGCCCCCUCACACAGUUGUUGAAUCCCUGUGGGAGUGCAGGUGGAGGAGGCCCCAAUGGGCACAAGAUGUGGCCCUGGUGCUGUAGGCCACAUUCUGAUAACCUACAAGUUCAACCUCACCGGCCCCUCCCCCAGAGGCCCCUGCGGAGGGCCACAUCCAUAAAUUUUCUUAUGGAACUCCCCCAAGACUUCUUCUCCGACUUCAUUUGCUCCUUUCAACGACCUCAUCUGCAUUUUCUAUUUCUAUAUGAUACAGACUCUAUAUUGCUACAUCUCUGUAUAUACUUUUGCCCCUCCCCUGUCUGUCUGGACCCCAUCCCCUCUUGUCUCUGAAAACCAUCCUCUCACCCCAAGCCUCCCAACCACCCCCUCCGUGUCUCUGCUCCCUCCCUGGUCUCUGAAUGCCUUCGCCUGUAUAAAGAAUUGGACUCUCUCCCCGGUGUCUGUACUGUGUACACACAUCCCUCUGAGAAGCACAAGGAGACGACACGCGCAUUGUAACCCUCGCACUGUCUCGGUGGCGACAUAAAAGGAAGCUGUGAAUCACAAACUCUGCCUCUUUCUGGCCUCACCCUCUCCCGCCAGCCCCUGGGGCACCCUCUGCAGCCUUAACAUCCUCCUGCUGCUCCACCUAGCCCCUGCCCUUGUCCUCCCAGGGAAGGGUCAGCUCAGAGGUAGCCCCCAGCCCAGGGGACAGAGAUCGCCUCUAGACACCAAGCCAAGAGUGGCCAAGAGAGAAGGGAACUGAGGAUUGGUGACUGUUGCAGCUGGGGCAGUGGGGGGCUGACCGGCAGAAGCUGAGGCCCUCAGUCUGUGGCCUUUCCCUCCUCCUGGGCACCCAGCCCCUUUCCCAGCGGAUACCGAAGCCCACCACUUAUAUUUUUGGGUUAGGUAGGGUUUGGCAGUGGAGGGAAAGAGACCUAGAGGGAGUGAGUUGAAAGCUCUGCUUUUUGUCCGCCCCUUGAUGAGGGACCCAAGUGAGGUAGAGGGCCUGCCCCACUGCCUCUACUAGCUGCUCCCGCCAGGCCAGAGCCACACCCCUUCCCAGGCCUUCUCUGCCCACCUGUCUCUUGGUCUCCAGUCCCAGAGCAGGACCCGUGGACAGGUGCCCUGUGUGCACCCUCCUGGAGCUGGAGAGGCUAGGGGCUCUUGGGAAUUCCUGGGUCCCCAGGAGUUCCUUAGAGAUCAGACCUCCUCCAGAGGGGUGCGGGAGCAAAGCCAAGAACUGUGCAGUGGAUUGGGGAACAGCAGGCAGGGCUCUGCGUGACGCAUGCCACUGGUCUA